GUUUAGCAGAACAUUCAACAUAUCUUUUUUUAUAAAUGGUAUAUUUUAUGAAAAUGGUAUUCAAUUAAUAUAGGACUUACACUUCAACCGUUUUCGUUGAACAUAAGUGAGUACACAUACUAUCUGAUACAACAAAAAAUCUGAGCUUCGCUUCUUGUAUCAAAAACAUUUUUCCUGGAAAAAUCCAAUAAAGAAUUUGUUUGCGGUUUUUAUGAAAUGGCGUUGCAAGAACAAAAGAACAACAAAUGGAAAAUAUGUGCAAAACUGAACCGCCCACCUGAACUAUAAUUUGAUCAAAUCCUCGACGCCAUUCAAAGUUUUUGGAGCCCUAAAAUAGAAAAACGCUAUUUAAUAUCUCAUAUUGUGCAUUAAACUGUUGUGUGCUUUAUCUUGUUUUACCUGCCCACAAUAAUUGUUCUUACUUUGUUUUCUCUGUUCUCAGCUGGAGUUCCGUUCCCCGCCGCGAAUUGACUUUAAGUCUUACUAACAUAACGGAAGUGUUUCGUUUCCUUGCCUUUACAAAAGCCAGUUGGAGCGAGAUCUUUACCCUAGCCUUAUCAACUUUUAUUCCAUUCAUUUUCGCUUCAUUUUGUCACUCAAAGCUAGCAAAAAAGUACAUUUUUUCAAUUAACUUCAAGUGCUGCAGCCUCAGAUAAAAAUUUGAAGGGAGUAAUUCAAAUUAGAUUAGAUAUGGCUCGAAUUUUUGAAAUUAUUUGGCUUCAUCGCACUUUUUUCAAGUCGGUUCCGCGAGUAGUUAUAACAAAAUCCCACGUUUGAAACUGUAUGUGGGCCUCAUGCUGAUGGAAGCCCCCGUCUGUGAACCAUUAGCGUAAUUGGCUUGGGAUUUUGUUCAUUAGUUCUAUUUUUCUGCUUCCGCCAUCUUUUGUCAUUUUGUACCACCCCAACUGCUGCAUGCGAAGGAGCAGACAAUACAAUUAAAGCAGGCUGUGAAAAAUGAAGAUAUUGACUGGAACAAUUUUGGACUAAUUUCUGAGAAGCAGCCCGAGGUCAAAAAACAAAAGCAAAGCGAGACGAAGAAACCGGUUGAUCAACAAACCAAAAGCCGUUUGAGACCCACAAGUUCAAACAUGAACAACCAAAACCCAAAAGCAGGAGCAGUUUCGCCCGAGAGAGAAAUGGCGAACAGAUCUUACCAGCAAUACCACAUGGCCAACAACAGCCCAGCUGAAAAUCCUGUCAGGAAAAAGUCUAAUCCUGAUCCAACACCCCCACCUCUCUUGCCCAGAUCACCCUCCCCGGGCUCAUUGGGUAGAGGGGGGAGGAGAGGUGACGCAGAUGGAGGAGUUGUUGCCCACCUCUCUCAGCAGGAAGUGGGAGGGUCAUCCAGGGGGGCGAGGAGGGGUGGGCAGUCUCCCAAUCGGCUGUCCCCCAAUUCGAUCAAGAGGACAGGGAGUGGGUCUCAGAGUGACUACACGAAGAAAGGCUGGCUCCUCCUCUGGCACGCCGGGUCCAAAGAGUGGACUAAACACUGGUUUGUGUUGCGUGGAUUCCAUCUCAACUACUACCACAGCAUCGAGGCAGAGGAGGAAGAGAAGAUGGACGGGUCGGUGAAUGUGGCGACAUGCAAGAACGUGAAGGAGUACCAGAUAGAGAAGAAUUCUGGCUUCCGAAUUUACACUCACGAAGGGGCCGUCCAGCUGGCUGCUCUCACCGACAACAUCCGACUAGGCUGGAUCCAGGCAUUCCAGGAUUUGAUUCUAAAACGAGAGGAGCACGAAACUUCUGCGACGACUAUGCGGAGGCAUCGAGGACCCGUAAAGCACUCGGCGGUUCCCGGAGGCCAUGUGGUGGCCACGAGUCGUUCUGUACCUCCGAGUGCGUUCGGAAAUACUCCGAGGGGAGAAGAAACACAAGGAGAGCUGAAUCGAUCGCCGUCUCCUACUCGAAGUCCGAAAGCACGAAGGGGUGCUGUCAACGAGUCGACAGUGGCGACGAACAACGACGAAAUUCAACCGAGGCCUCGGGUGUCGUCGGGAUCCGUUGGCAGUUCAGUGUCCCAUUCAGAUCGACAGCAGCCUCCCACGCCUUCGCCGCUGUUCACGAAGUCUCGAGGUGGACACCCGAACUCAAAGCGUACUUUUGGUCUUGUUGCCGAUUCAGACAUCGAUUAUUCCGGAUGUAAGAACCAAGAACCACACAACAAAAAAGAGGUUCCGCUGGCACAACUGGACACAACUUCCACUUCCUUCCACAUGUCAAGUGGCACGGAAGACCACAGCCAGUGUGGAGUCCAGGCUGAGACAAACACUAGUGGUGGAACCAGUAUAGGCGGAACCUUCCCUUCCUCCUCCCCCGCCCCAGCUGGGGCAAGGGGAGAACAUAUUAAACUCGGCAUAUCGGCCACUUUGGGACGGGAACCCGCCAGCUCAGCCACGGUGGAGGUGAGUGCUAAGCGACCAAUUCGAAUAUCCCCGCGCGAAGAAGAAGUUCUGCGACUCAGAGGUGAAGUGAAGAAACUGACAGCCAACAAUAAAGACAUGGACUGCCAAAUAGACUUCCUGAAGAGGAAACUGAGCGUGAAAAGAGAAAGUUGCGCGACUCAAACCUGCCUCGCUGAGGAGACACAAGGUUGCUCUGGUGAGGAUGUUGCCAGUUCAAACCCGACUGGCGAUUGGAACCUACUCGAAGAAGUGGCUCAACUUCGCAACUGCAGAGACUGUCUGCUGAAGAAAGUGGAGGUGUUGUCAGUGGCCAGAACCGAACAGUUGUCUGAAAUAGCAGAACUGCAGGAAAAGUUGGAACAGAGUCAACGUGCACUUAGGAGCAUGCAGUCACAUAGCCGAACGGCAGUUGGCAGAUUGCGGGGCGACCAGUUUCACAUGUACGAGAAACGCCCAACAAUUUCCAGCAAUGAUUCUGCCCAAGCUAAUUCUGCUACAGGGUCUGACAAACACACAACUGACAUAAACACAAACGCGGAAAUCGAAAGACUGACUUUAAAAUUGAGCGAAACUAAAAAUACAAAUGCUCAGUUGACCAAAAAGUUGGAGUCUGAAAAAGAAAAAAAUUCAGCGCAUGAACGACACGUGAAACGACUAAAGGGGGAACUGGAAGCAACAUGGAAGUCCUUGAAACAUUUGAAGGAAGAGUCUAGUUCAAGUGAGCAAAACCUGAAGCAUCUGCAAAGUGAGGCGAAUCGUAGAGUGCUGGCUGGCCAGAGAUCUGGUCUGGCUGAUUUCGGACCACAUCAUAACAGUUCAGCUGACCAGUGUUUGACUGGGAUUAGUAAAAACAACUCCACUUGCAACGACAUAGCUCACAAGCAACUGGCUGCUAAUUUAGUGGCGUCGGAACAGUCCUUGUACAUUUUGCAGCACAGUUACCAAGAGGAGCUGAAAGUGUCCAAGUCUAAAAUCAAGAAGCUGGAGGAAGACUCAACUGUGUUGGGGCAAGUCUACGAGAAGGUCAAAGGUGACUAUCACAAGUUGGAAAGUGAGAGGACGAGCAGAGGAACAAAGGGGCCAACACACGAGGGCGAGGCUGCCUCUGACUCGCAACAGCUGAACGAGGCGAUGGAAACAAUCGAGUCUAUGGAAAGAAAGGCUGCGAUUGAAAAGCUUCGGAUGAAGAAACAAAUCAAGCAGAUGAAUGACAGCCAAGCUAAACUCAUCCGCGAAAACGCAAAGUUGGCCAGGAACUUGGAAAAAGUGGACAGCGAACUACAGGAGAAAACAGAGCAAAUUGAGAAAUUGCAGUUUGAAAGGGAAAGAGUUGGACGACAAAAGAAAGACCUGGAGCACUUUAUGGAGAAAAGAUUGAAAGACAGCCGAGAGUCGAGUUUCUGCGGCAAACGAGCUAACUUGAGCGAUAAAGCAGUUUUGGUAGCUUUGCCUACUUCUUACGAACAAAGUCUGGAGCACCAAAUUGUGGAUUUGAAGAACAACUUAGAGAGCGAGACAGAGUUUUUCAAGCGGAUCGGCCAAGUGUUCCCCAAUUUGGGGCUAUUCGGAAAUGUGGAGAUCAAGAAAGUGUUCCGGGAAAAAUUGAAAGAGCUGCGGUGCUUGAGAGAACGGGCUAAGGUGCUGGAGAGACAGAUAGUGAAGUGGGACAACCCACGUGACACUCCCCAGGCAAGUGUGAAUGAGUUCGUGGUGACGUCAUACCAGCUUGCAGCUGUGGAGUACACGUGUGGACUGCUCAGGCGCCAGCUGGACCACACAGACCAUGAUGGGCAGUGGCCGCCACUGGGCCACCACCAGGUUCAAUUCAGUCCAAGUGUACGUGCUAUUCACUCAUCCAGUGUACAAUUCGGCCACCCUGACCCUUCAAAUGCAGAAGCAGACUCCUCCUCCUCCUUUUCCUUGUUGGGAAGACAGAAGAUGCAGCUGCCACUGGUGAGGUGGAGUUCAUCAGAACUGAACAAACAACUCAUGCAAAUUGAAGGCGAAUUAGAAGGCGACAUGAGAAAACUUCCGGUUGCCACCCAAAUCAUUAUGGAAAAAUGUCAAUCGGCAAUCAAUCACCUCUCAACCUAUCAAUCUACACCAUCUCAAGGUCAACUGGGCUGCAAAGAAUACUGCAUUGAGUUCAUUCACGAGCUGCUUCGUGAUCUGAGAAGUGAACAGAAGUUGUUCUCCGAGACAGUUAAUCAGUGUGCCGACUCCGCCCAUUUUGCAGAGUCGCUAACUGCAGACAUUCUUCACAUAGUCUCCUCCAGUAAAAAAUCGUUCUGUCAGCUGGCUCAACUGGUGGAUGAACAGGUGCAGAACAAGCAGCAUCAACUGCCCAUAAAUGACCUCGUCACAACAUCCAUUUCCAACUUGGAGGUUUCCCUGGACGCCAUUUUGGACGACAACACAUCCAGCAGUGCGGCCAUUCCUCAACUGAGAAACUCAAUCGCCAACAUACACGCUCUGCUCCAGUCCAUCUUCACCACCGUCCAAUCCAAUCACUCCACUGCCGACACCCCCGCCACUAACAAUUUCACCAAAUACACAACUGCCAAUUCAGAACACAGCGUGAGUGCCAAAAAGAACGGCACCGCCCAGUCUCGAACCAACGCCGAAGGGACGAACACCAUGAGUAAUUUAUCAUCGCCUGCAAUUGACGAGUUGACUGAAAAUGCGAAUCAGAAUACAACCUCGGUUAUUCGUGACUUAUGUGAAAAGUUAAUGAAAACAGUUACACCAGCAGAGCUACUGGAAAGAAUUGGACAGCUGCAAUCUGCGUCACUGCAAACUGUCUGCUGCUUAUCUGGUGGUGGGUCGGACGAGGUGUUGUCAGCCAGUCAUUGGCUAGCUUCCAUGGCUGUUAUCUCGGCCAAUGGGAGCAGCCAGCAAAAUAGUAAGAGUGCAGUGGUCCAAUCAGAGUGUGUGAACUGGGCCCAAGUGCAUGCCACCACAGCCGACAUAGAGAGCGAGUUGGACAAACGCAUUGAAACUCAUCUCGAAAGGAUAGAACAGUUCUGCACACUCAUAUCAGACAACACAUCAGCUUGUGAUAUUACUGCAUUCUGCGCCGAAGUGUUCGAAGUGGCGGAACGACUGAACAGCAUUGUGGAGUCAAACCGCCUGAAACACUCUCAGUGCAUGGCUCUUCUUCUCCACAGACUCUCCUCUCUGAAGGGCCACGAGAAGUCAGUCUGCCAAGUCUCACAGCUGCUCAGCGGUUCAACCGAUCUACGCAACGCCGGCAGCCAUCAAAAGUGGCUUAACGUUGAAAUCGACAACUCAGUGCUUCGCAUAGAAAACUAUGAAAUGCGUCUUUUGUUGCACACCUCUUCUUCAUUCAUUUCCAGACAGCCAAACUUUUCCAAACAUGACAAGAACGAUGCCAAACUGAAGCAAAAGCUGAGAAAAUGGUGUGAUGAAAACCCACUCGAUGGCCAAACUCUUGAAUCAUGUCGCGCUUUUAUCAGCCCUGAAAUUGAAGUCUCCUCGGGAUUGAAGCAAAAUGAUAGUUUGUUGUUUAAUUUCAGCUCAAAGUUGUCAGAAAACGGGCUAACUAACUUGAACCCUUCUGAAAACUUAGCAGGUUAUGAUGAAGCCGCGUCACUGAUACAUUACAUAAUCCUCAAAGCCUUCAUUUGUUCAUCGUUGGCCAAUCAGAGCUUAGCAAGUGGGAAUGAACCAAACUGGAGCAGUGCAGAUGGGAGUUUGUUUGAAGUGACGCUUCUACCAACUCCUCUGUCUAGCUUGGAGUACACUUCUUUCUCAAGUCUCAUACUGACAGCUUCCAUCUAUCUCAACCAGCUUCAAAGCCUAAUCAGUCGGCUGGGGAAAAACUUCCCGAAGGAGCUGAAGCUUCUAAGAACUCACAUCAAAGAAUCAGCAGGUCAAAACAUAGACAAGAUUUCAAAACAGCAGGAGAACGCCGAGAAGUUUCUGAAUGUUUUGUCAAACUCGGAAGUUGCGAGCACACUUCAGAAGAUAGCGGACGGGUACACAAAACAGUUCAAAAGACAACGGGACAAAUACACAAAGGCUCUCAUUAAACUACAGAGGAUGAGAGGGGAGGAGGAAGAGGGCGCGAAAGAGGGUUGUUCACGCUGUCUCAAAUGUCGCCCAUCGGUUGUCGACCACCCGAAGACACAUCCGAAACAUGCAGAGUCACAG